AUGGUUCUAAAAACCGGACCGGACCGGCCGUUCGAAUUGGUUCAACCGGAAACCGAUGAUGCAAGCGGUUGCUUCUUCAAUUCUUAUUUUGGUUCUGUCUUAUAUUUGCUGGUUGCUAAUGGUGGAAAUUUUACAAAUUUGCAAAUUUUUAUGGAUAAUAGUAUUAAUCAAGAAGCAAUUGCUGAUAACAAUGCUUCUGUGAAUAAUAACUUACCUGUCGAUCCUCCUAUUUCGAAUGAUGCUACUAAUCCUAAUCCCCCUAAUGCUAAUGAUAGUCAGUCACAAGAUAUGUUGGAUGGUGUUGCUGGUAUUGGACCUGGUUACAAGGGUCCUUCUUAUGAUAAGUUAAGGAUUCACUUGUUGGCUGAUCUUAAAAGAGAAUGUCAAGUGCUAGUUGAUAGUAGUGCAUGGAAGGAAACUGGAUGUACCCUCAUGGCUGAUGGUUUGUGUUUUGUGAAAUCAAUAAAUGCUUUCAGCAUUGUAAAAAAUGCUUCACACUUGUGUAAUUUGUUUUUUGAGGUGAUUGAAUGGAUUGGCCCUAAUGAUAUUGUUCAUGUUGUGACUGACAAUGCGGCCAAUUAUGUUGCUGCUGGUAGGCUUAUCAAUAGAAAAUAUGAUCAUAUCUAUUGGUCACCAAGUGCUGCUCAUUGCCUUAAUCUUAUGUUAAAAGAUAUAAGCAGCAUAGCGCAUAUUUCUAACCUUGCAACACGUGCUUCAAAGAUCACAGUAUUUGUAUACAAUCAUACGGUUUUCUUAUCUUGGCUAAGAAAAAGACCUCAUUGUAGAGAAAUUGUACGUCCUAGUGCAACCCGUUUUGCAACUGUGUUUAUCACAUUGAAGAGCAUCUUUGAUCAUAAAAAGGAUUUGCAAGAUGAUUGCUUUACUGUAUGUAAACUUGUGGGCCCUCUGAUUAAAUUGCUGAGGCUUGUUGAUGUUGAUGACAAAUCAUCUUUGGGAUAUGUUUAUAAAGGAAUGCUAAGGGCAGAAGAUGCAAUUAAGGAGAUGUUUAGGCAAAACAAAACUGCAUAUCAGCCGUACACAGAUAUUAUCAACUCAAGAUGGGAUAAGCAUUUGAAGAAAGAUCUUCAUGCGGCAGCUUACUUCCUGAAUCCUUCAUUCUUUUUUAAUGAAAAUUAUAAAGAAGUACCUGAUGUUAUGCGAGGUAUACUUGAUCUUGUUACCUUGUAUUGCAAGUGUAACAAUUUGGAUUCAGUUGAUGCAAUGAAAGAAAUACAUUUAUAUAGAGAUCAAAAGGAAAGUUUUGAUAGACCAGAAGCUAUUCGAGCUGCAUCUCAACUAAAGCCUGGUGAAAUUGAUGCUAAUUUAUAUCAAAGUGGCGGUGGUAGUAGUGGUCUUUAUGCUGCAUCUCUUGAGUAG